AUGACGAACGGAGUCUUUGCGUCGGAAAAAUUCGAGCUUCCCGACGCACUAGACACACUCACAGGCUCAUUGGAAACUCUCGUUGGAGCGCAAGUCGAUACAUCAUUGGGCGCCGCCGCAGUAUCCGAAAUCGACGGCAUUGGGGGCGGCCCUGGCGUCAGUGAAUGGUUCCACAACCCCUAUGGGCUGGAUACAACUAACAUGUGCGGGUCGCAAGGCGAAAAGGUGAUCGAGCCCUUCCAGCCCACAACUCAAGCUCAGCCAAUAAUUUACGUAGACAAGGUCGAGCGCUCUCUCAUCGUCGAGUGGUAUGAGGGUCAGAUCCGUCGUGAGCAACGCAUCUCUUACAAAAAAUAUGGAAAUGCUAAGGCCAAGCAACGCGCGGAUGAUUUGGUGGCCAAGGUUAAGGCGGGCUAUACAUUUGAUCAGCUGUACCCGGAGAAGGGCCCGCCUGUAGUGGCUAUCUAUGAGAAUGUUGGCAAGUUUCAGGUCUCUCUGAUAAGAGAUCGGUAUCUGCGCGAAUGGAGGGUGGAAUGGGUCAAUAACUGCGGCACCAAGAUGCGUGCGCGCUGGUCCUGCAAAAAAAUCGGGAAUGAUGAAGCGAGGUCGCGGGCAGAAAUGUUAGCGGACAGCCUCAAGCAGGGCAUAUUUGCCCCCAGGCUGCUCCACAAAGCCACUGGUACGCGCCUCAGCAGGUGCGAACUCAAAGCGGAUUUGAGCUAUGAUGCCAACUAUUCCAACGUCUUCGGCACGGCGAGAAAGCACACCAUGGAGGUGCUCUGCUCUGAAAAGAAGAGCAAAUCCGAUCCGGCGCCGAGGAGGAAGAGGAGGAAGGCGGGUGGCAUGGGUGACCCUAAUUUUACAGCCCCGCUCUCUACCUCGAGGGCCGUGGACUCGGCGGCCCACAACUACCACGUCUACGCUGCGUGCAAUCCCUUUCAGAGCUUCCCCACCUUCCAAACCUACCAAGAGCUGCCGCCUACCGCCGCGGAGAACGACACCGAGGACAAGGAGGACGAGCUGGCCACGGUAGACGUCUACAACCACCCGCCGUUCUUCCACGACUACGACUACCACGGCUCCGUGGACUGCUAUAAGGGGGACGACGCUGUAGCUCCGGUGGGCUCUGCCACCGGCUACUAUGAUCCCUACGGUAUGUAUAACUACUAUCAGUACGUGCCGCAGUUCCAGUUUCCAUUUGUAAACUCAUACGGGCAAGACCCGUACCAGGUGACCCGUCUCUGCUCUACCGAGCAGGACGCGACCUUCGCCUCCGAAAAGGCUAAUGUGGACGAGCCGGACGUCCACCAAGAGGUGCCAGACCUUGGCACGGUGCCAAAGUUUGGCAAAUGGGUCGGGGAGCCAGAUAAUAUGGGCAACUUUGCGUACACGAGCGGGGCCGGCCACCCGGACUAUGGUACAAUGUUGCAGACAGACCCUCGUUUUUACUGGCAUCCUACGCCCCCAGAAACCUCCGCAACGAUCGACACUGUUUGCGAGUAUCCCGCAGUUUGA